AUGCCCCCCACCAAGCACCUCCCCAACGGCACCUACCCCUACAACCACAACAACAGAAGAAACAGCACAUCCACAUCCAGCUUCACAACCUCCAUAUCCACCAAUUCGCUCACCUCAAAGCUGGACACCAACAUCAACCACCACAGCAACACUAACAACAACACACUCACCCGGCACCCCACGCUAACCAGUCUGACGCGAUGGGUAUCCAGGAAGAUGUCUCGACCGAGACUGCGCAAUCAUGCUGGGGAACUCAACGAGGGGAGAAGUCUGUCUGAAGACGAAGAAGACGGGAGAACGACGGAGGAUGAUUAUGCGGCGUGGUGUUGGGCGUUUAGUGAGGGGCGGACUGGGGGGACUUCUCCGGGGAAUUUCCAGGGGGGUACUUAUUCUCAUGGCUAUGAGUAUGAUCAUGAGUAUGGGUAUGCAUCUUAUGGUGAACAUGGCCAUGGUCAUGAUCACGGACAGAAGUAUGACGAGAAUCUACUAUUCUCCGAUUUCAAUGAACAAAACCCUCCAAAUGGCGGACCACAUUCUCGGAAGUAUGAAGCACACGGUCACGACCAUACAUACGCCGAUCUUGGUGGGGAACAGGGCACGACGAACACGAGGGGGACGUACACGUUUCUCCAGAAUCCAGAGGAUCGACUGGGACGAUACGAGAGCUCGGAUAGUGUUCCGGCGGAUCAGCUGGUGCGAUUUACGCCGAUCGGACACUAUGGGUAUAGUCCCUUGACGGCGGGGCGACCUGUGUCGCCGCCACGUCGUAUCCUGACCCCGGCCAGGUAUGCGGAGACGAAUCGGAUGGAGAGGGAGAAGAGUGAUGAGUUGAAGCAGAAGCAGAGAGGGUUCUGGGGGCCGGUGAGGGCGCUCUGGGUUUCUUUGCGGCGGUCUCGGUGA